CAAGAUCUGUCAGAUUGAAAUCCCGCUGCCCGGUAGAGUUGAGCCACCUGGACCAUUUGGUUUUGACAGUGAAAAGUGUCCCAGACACCAUCAGCUUCUACACCGCUGUCCUUGGCAUGGAAGCCAUCACUUUCAAGAACAAGUCAACAGUUCAUCUGUGUGAAGAUCUUCAACAGUGUUGGACACGAUGACAUCACCAGAGGGAUUCCCAGCCAGUUUCUACAGUGAACCUGGAGUUUUGGGAUUGUUGUCCAAUGGGAUCAGUGCGUUCCUUGUCCUUCUGCAGAACUUCAACGCCGCCAGGACUGGAAACGCCCCGGUGGAAGUGGAAAACAUCCUUGCAGGGGUUCACCUCAUUCUGAUUGGUGGUAUUUGUCAGCUGGUGGCAGGACUACUUUCCUUCAGAAAGUACGACCACCUGAGUGGCACCGCCUUCAUCGGCUACGCUGCUCUUUGGGCCAGUUACGGCUCCACUAGAAUCUUCUUUGGAGCCUUAGACCAAUCUCCAAACGCUGCUCCGUAUGAGUCAAACCUAACGACCAAUCUGUCUCUGUCCACGAACACCGUGAGCAACAACUCCCUGUAUUCAGCCCUACAGCCCCCAGUGUGCUACCUAUGCCUGUCCAUGAAAGAGUCGGCCAUCGCCGGCCUGGUUCCCUACAUUCUCCUGUCCUUCCUCCUAGCCUUCUGCUCUGCCACAGUCAACUACAUCAUGCCGUUUGUUUUUGGAGCCAUCACUGCCGCCCUGAUUUUCGAAGCAGUGAGUCUAGUUUCUGGCUCCUGGGCUCUGGUGGUGUCGGGGGUCCUGGAGUUGCUCAUCCUGAUCUUUGCCAUCUAUGGUUCAUCGGUGCUGCUGCUCAAAGGUCUGACUCAGCGUCUCAUUCUCAAAGGCUUCGGUACGCCUCUCUUCAACGUCCUUCUGCUGGGGACCGCCAACUCUGCCGGAGCGCAGAGUGGCGGACAAGAGAAGAAGAAAAACACCAAAUAUGCCGAACCCAUGGCUCUGGGUUUCUUCUGUGACACGAUCGCUCCCUUCAUUUUUGCCUUCUACAGCUUCGGGUAUAUCAAAGCCUUCGGUUUAGGAACUGCUUGGGUCUCGAUCAUCGCAGCUGCCCAACUGCUCUCAAGCUACUACGCUCAUCUGCGACAAGAUGGCUACCACACGACCAAGUUUGGUCUCCACGCCACGUACUGGCUGGUGAAGGCGUGGGAUGAGUUCGUGGUGUCUGUUCUCACAGUGGACAGCGGCGAAGUGGACGCCGGGAGGGAGCCCAUGAUUGGGAACUGGUUCUUUGUGGUGGCAGGUUUGGUGCUGUGUGUGGCCAGCCUAAACAUGGACGUCCUGGAACUGAUCCACAAUAUGUUCUUUGUCCUGCUGACGGUCUCCACCGUCCAACAGAUCCCUCUCCAGGGUUCCUACAUCUUCUUCGGCGUGGCCUGCUCCCUCUUCGCCGCGGUCUCCCUGUACGGUACCUUCUCACGCCUCAUUAACACCAUAGCAGAGAAGUCUCUGAUCCCCGUAGGCCCACAGCCCGUCUCCACUGAACGCCUACGGAAAGCUUUCACGUGCUGCAAACAUAAACCGAAAGGACAGGAGGUAGUGCCCCCCACAGGCCAGACGUCAGAUCCUCUCUUCUACAUAUCCAACGGGCUGGCGGCCUUCUCGGCUCUCCACACAAAUGUUUCGAGCUCGAAUCCCUCUUUCCUUCACCUGACUGUGCCGUGGGUUCUCAUCUCUGGGGCCGUCGUCCAGGUCUACGUCGGCCGCCUGCAGGUUACAGACAGUGGCCGUUUCGGGUCGGUCAUUUCAUCCGUCUACGUGGCAGUUUGGGCCACCUGGACCUGGUUCAGGUUUGGAGGUCAGCUGUUGAAUCUCUCCCCUGAAGCCUCCUAUGGUUUCGCCGCUGGAGCCGUUGCAUUCUUGGUUCUUAAUGUUUUCGUCAUGUUGAUCGCUGCCGGCAGGAACAUGACUCUGCUGCUCCUGACCACCGUCAUGGAGGUGUUGCUGGUUUGUUUCCUGUUGUCUGCGCUGCAGCGACUGCCCUACGAGCUGGAAAUGGCCAUGCUUGCUCUGUUUUCGACUGUUUGUGCGUAUGGAGCUCUGGCGUCACUGGUGAACGUCGUCUUCUCCCAGAGACUCCUGCCGCUGGGUCCUUCCAUGUUCCAGGUUCUUUCGAGGUGUGGCCUGAUUCUGGAGAACGAGAAGAAGGAAACGUCUCCGGAGCCGCCGUGUCCUGUCGCUGAUUCCAGACUCACCAGUGGCCUCCUGAAGAUCGCUGGUCUUCUGGAACAAGGCAGAGUGUGUGGCAUUCCCACGGACACGGUCUACGCACUUGCCGCCUCCUGCAAAAAUCCACAGGCUAUAGAGAAGAUCUACAACAUUAAAGACAGACCAGCAGAGAAGCCCGUCUGUAUCUGCAUCUCCAGUUUGGAGCAGCUGGUAGCGGCCGAGCCUCCCUUCAGUCCUCUGCUCUGGGAGUUCAUGAGGAAUGUGUAUCCUGGUGGAAUCAGCUGCAUCGUCAGCAAAGGAGACUGGCUGUACAAACUGGGAGUAGGCCCAGCCUAUGACCGCGUUGGUACCAGGGACAGUAUCAUGAUCCGCGUUCCAGACCACACUGUGACUGGUCACCUUUGUGACGUGACUGGACCCCUUGCUAUUACCUCAGCCAAUCCCAGUGGGGAGGCUGACAGCACUCAUCACACCAUGGUCAUCGAUCGACUCGGACACAAGAUCCAAGGAGUCCUUUGCGACGGUUACUCAAAUGAAGCCGUUGCUUCCACUGUGGUGAACUGUCUGAGGAUUGAUGAAGGGGUCAUCAGUAUUCUGAGGGAAGGCUGCGUUCCUGCAGUAAAAGUCAGGCAGAUCUUUGAGCGAGUGAAAAACAUGACACCAUGAUCUUCACCUCACAUCAUCUGUUCUGUGAAGAACUGAAGAGCUCUGUGGGAACGAAUCCUAAUGAAAAUGAAGAUUUGUGAACAUAAGCCAUGGGAUGUUGAUGUUGUUGUUGUGAAAAUGCAGUAGUGGUGUGUAAAUGUAUUUAUUGUAACCAGGUGGAUGUUAUAUCAGUAUCAUCUUUAUUUAUAUUAUGUACAAUAAAAGCUUAAAACCAAACAGACGUGUUGAUGGAUUCACUUCAACAAAUAAUUACAUUUAAACUUCGAGACGAGGAAAUAAAAAAUAUAUAAUCAAGUGUCGGGAAAACAUGACUUUCUGCCAGUAAUCAUCAACUGGUUGCUUGCAGGCAGAAUCUGAACCGUGACUGGAUUCCAAAAUAAUAAUGUCACAUAUUAAUGUUAGACAAAGAGUGUUCAUAAACAUUCUGGCCCAUAAUAAGGAUUUAUGAAGAUUGACCUUGAUAAUCUACAUACCUUAAUAUGAAAAAAGAAAAAAAAAAUUUUUUUUCUGUAUAUAACUACAACAGAAAGACAAAUGUCAACACAUACACGUUGUCCUCAA